AUGAAACUUUUUCAUUUUCUUUUCGCUGAAAAUGUCUUCGGUGGAUAUUACCAGCAGCAUCGAAAGUUGAAUGCUGAGGAGAGAGAAGAUCGUAAAGUGCUUUGCGAUGCUAAGGCUGAAGAAACAAAAGCCUUAUUCCCGAUCGAAAACGGAUCGUGGGUUUGUCCCGAUCAAGGUCUUGGAGGGUCCAAGAUCAGAUGUCAUCCGACUUGCGACAAAGGAACAGCUCCUGACUGGACAGAUCAGUCAAUUUCAAAGCCGAAAAAAGAUGGGAAAGGGUUUAUGGUGCGAUGCGGCGACCCACCAACCAUUGUUAGAAAAAAUCUUCCGCUCGAUACCGAUCUGACAUGCUCGGAGCUGCCAACCCAUCCUUGCAUCGCCGAAGCUGAUAACACCAGAAUUGAAUGUGGUGCGCUGCAUCUUCUUGAUGGUAAAGUGAUAAACAAGAAAAGGGCAGACUUCCAGGUUGUUUGCGACGAUGGAAUUGUCGCCGGCAAUGUCCACUGCAACGAUGGUCAAUUCAACGCGCCAGCUUGGAAUAAAGAUGAUUGGAAAAACUCUUGUAAACCCGAGAGAGAGAGCGAAUUCGGCCUUCUUAUUGUCCACAAUAGAAGUAACUAUACAACUGAGAAUGGUUUACAUUACACGCAGCAAACAAUAAUUUCCGAAGAUGGAUCAAAGAUAUCAACUCCAAUGAUAGAAAAUUCUUAUGACACAAUGUUUUCAGUCUUUGCUCUUAUAAAAGAUGAGCUUUAUGUAUUUAAAGGCCAACAGGUCGGAAAAUUAAAUGGCUGUUCGAUCGAGUAUCUUCCACUGACAUUGAGUUUUAAUCCCUCUUACGUCAGUGCAGCAUUGCCAAUCGAUAACGACACGAAAGCGCUUAUAUGUUUCGGAUUUCAAGCUGGAAAAAGUUGCGAUAUUUUUGACACUGAGAACGUCGUUUCAACUUUUUCAACCGAGUUUGACCAUUUAUAUGGGAAACUCGGUCACUACAAUGGCAAACCAACUUCGGUUGGCCAUCAAACUCCUACAAACAACGCUUGGGGAAAAGUUGAAGUUCUGAACGAAGACGGCUGGACACUUCUAAAUGAGCAUCCAAGAUUUAUCUCUCAGCACACCCUUAUCGGACUCGAAAGUGGUGGAUUAAUCCUCGCAGGAGGGGAAUACUAUGAAGAUCUCAUUAAUUAUAACAUCGUUACUUCAAAAGAAGUCUGGCUGUUGAGUGAAGACGAAUGGAGUUUAGUUGGAGAACUUCGUGAACCAAAUGUUGUUGGAUCUGCAAUCAAGGUUGGAAAGUUUAUUUACCUUGCGCCCGGAGAUGAGCCAUGGAGAGACUACGAAGGCGACUAUCAAUUUCCGGUUGAGCGUUUAGAAAUCGAAGACGACCUGGUACUUGAAACAGAAAUAAUGCUGGAAUUCGGCAAUUCUAGCUCUUUUUCUAACGUUAUUCCUGUCAUGUUUGCGACAACUCUUGACUUUUGUGAUAAUGUUUGCAGCAACAGGCUUUCUUAUUUGUGA